UCCCACGGUGACCCACUAACAAGUCAUCAGCGAAACAUCUAUCCCAGUACAUUUACACUGUAUACAAACGAGAGUCCAAAUAUUGGACAACGAAUACUACUGACUACGGCUUCCGUCGGCUCUCUCCGCAUUAACGCAAAUACUAACUGUGCGAUAAUAAUGCAUGGCCGACGUGAAACAGGAUUAGGUCCAAUGAGCACAACCGUACGAGAUGCUCUAUUUACAGGUCGGACCGUGAAUGUUAUUGUUGUGGACUGGUCACAAGAAGCUAGUGGCCAAUGGGUUGAAGGUUCUAUAAACGAAGUUUCAAAAGAAGUAGUUGAAUUAGUCCGACUAUUGACGGUUAACAACAAAGCCAGUCCAGUGAGACUUCAUCUUAUCGGAUUUGAUUUAGGUGCUCAUGUAAUUGGUCUCGUUGGCAGAACAUCAACUUACACCAUAGCCAGAAUUACGGGUCUUAAUCCAGCCAAGUCUUUGGAAGGGAAUGCAAACGGCUUGAGAAGAACCGAUGCCAAUUACGUUGAAAUUAUACAUACGGAAACAACCAAACACGGUAUUUUAAAUCCUGUGGGUGAUGCUGAUUUUUACCCUCAUGGUGGCAAGGAUCAACCCGGCUGUGUACCUGAAAAAAAAGAAAACAGUUCCGCACAGUUCGAUGACACUGACAACAGUGACACCGAGUGUAGCCAUAACCGUGCUUGGGAAUUAUUCGCCGCUUCUUUGACUCACGGUCGUAUCAUUGGCAAUAGAUGUCCGGGCAUACGUGAUGCCAUUUCAGAUAAACCUUGUACUGGGUUUACUCUGGCUUUGGGCACAAACGAUUUAGUUAAAUACGGGUCUGGUACAUACCGUCUCGAAACGACGGAAGUCUACCCGUAUCGCUGCUUGGUCAAGUGUGGACUAGUCGACAAUGUUAUAGAUGCUAUUGAAAAGUUUACCAAACCACCUGGAACAGGUGGCGUCUAAAUUGGUUAUUAAUUCCUGUUUUUUUUUUAAAGGAACCUCAAUGUUUUCAUUAAUUCGGAAACGGCUACAGUAAUUUUAUAUAAAUAAAUAGCACACACACUCAUGACGUAUUAUAGAGAUAUUUUAAGUUUAGUAUUAUUUAUUGCAACGUUUCAUAUACACUAACUCCCACUGACUCUUAGAGCAAUGACCUUUUUUAUCGAAAUUAAAAUUUCAACACUUUAUCAUCAUCAUCAUCAAGCAGCCUCUACUCCAUCCGUCUUCGGAUAUAGGCUUCCUCUACACAUUAUAUAUAACGCCAAAACAUGUUAUUAACAUUUUUACAAGACACUUAAUCAACAAUUGUAUAUUGUAUGAGAAACAAGGUCGCAACUAUACAUUUAAAAAGUUUAAUCUAAAGUUGUUUAAUAGAAAAUCAUGAAGACAAAAAUUAUUACAAUUGACACUAUUGCUUGUGUACGCCUCUGUAGAAGCUGAAAUUAAUUUGAUCUCUAUUCUGAUACGUAAAAGUCAACAUGUAACGCCUAGUUUCUUUCUACAAAUCACAUAGUAUAAUAUAAAUGAAUUUCGAACUAAACUUAAUAAAUUAUAUUCU